AUGACCAGCUACUAUGAAGUAUUUCACAAAAGUGUGCCUUUGAUUGAACACUCAGAACUGCUUGAGUCUAUUCCCAGACUAAUUGACGAUGUGGACCUUCUUAGCCUGGAUGCGAUCCUAGGAGUGGUUGAAAUAAAGAGAGCUAUGUGGGAUUUGGAUCCCGAGAGUUCACCUGACCCGGAUGGAUACCCUGGUUCCUUUUUCCGAUGCUGUUGGGAGAUUAUUGCAGCCGAUAAUAUAUGGAGGGAAAGGAAUGAUAGGCGUCAUGGGGGUCCUUCAAUGACUGUUUCUAAUAUAUUUGCGAGAAUCAAGCAUGAUGUGCAGGAUAGGAACUUUGUUCUACAGGGAAUGAUAAGACAACUGACUGAUCUUCUUUGUUGCCAUCAAUUAGGCCUAAAUGCUCUUCCUAAAAAAGAUUAUUCUAUGCUUGAAGUGAUUUGGUAUAAGCCAAUAUGGGGUUGGACCAAACUGAAUGUAGAAGGCUGCCCUCUUGGAAAUCCAGGGCGAGCGGGUGCAGGAGGGGUUCUAAGAGAUCACAGGGAUAGCCCUGUGGAAGCUCUCAAAAAAUAUUUGGGAGUUCAUUCAAAUUAUUUUGCAGAAUUCAGAGUUCUGCUUGAAGGCAUUAUGGUGGCCAAAUAUUUGAACAUGAAUGCUCUCUGGAUAGAAUCAGACUUGGCGGCAGUCGUUAUGGCGGUUCAAGCCCAUACCAUUCCUUGGUAUGCUUGUCAGGACUGGAUAUCAUGUCAAGAUUUCUUAGCCUCUAUUAGUUGGAAGAUUACCCACUGUUUCCGAGAAGCAAACGCAGUGGCUGAUUUCCUAGCUGGAGAAGCAGCAAAGACCGGAGAAUCUAGUUUAAAUGUCUCUUUUCCUGUUCAUAUUAUAUCAGAGAUUGCUCAUGAUGCUGAUUCAGGGCCAAGGUUUCGAUUAAUGUUUUAG